CCAAUUUCAUCGUGUUUCCUGAUCCUUUUUGGACAUGAUAGGAUGGUGAGUAUUCUAUCAGUUGUAUAACCAAACUGAAAGUAUCUUUGCUUGUGAUCCUGGCUUCCAGCUUAACAUUCCUUUCGCGCGGGGAUAUAUAUAUAUAUAUAGAUUUAAUUAGGCAGUAUUUAUUUAUCCCUCAAGUAAGAGCGAAAAUUGAAUCAUGCAGACGAGUUAUGGUGUUAAAUUUGGUAAGAAUUUGAUGUGUUUAUUCAUAUACGGUGUGGGUGGGCUUUCAAAAAGUAAUCGACGGCGGGGGUGAUUGAUUUCGUUUGAUUUUCGUUGGCGUCUUCAGGGGUAUGGUUCGCGCAGCAUCAGUUGGUUUUGCCCUUAAUGGUCCUCACAGGAUUGGGGCUUGGAAUCGGAACUGUAAUUUUUCCAUACUUGCGCCUGAAAAAGAAGGAGGUGAGGGGUGAUGAUGGCUACACAGAGGAAGACCUAAUAAGUGCAAUGCCAAAUGAUAUAUUGUGCUCCAUCCUCUCACGACUGGAUACAAAAGAUGUGGUUAGGACUAGCAUAUUGUGUAGCAGAUGGAGCAACCUCUAUCUUUCUCUGCCUGAUUAUUCUUUUAGCUGCCGAUGCUCGUUCAAGGUUCCUUUCUUUGGCCAGUGUAGUUGUACAGCUGAGUACAAGAAGAAAUUUCUGACCCUCUUGGAUCGGUUUUUUCGAAUCCCUAGAGGAGCUGGCUGUGAAAAGAUUAAAUCUUUCAGUUUGUCGUUGUGUGUGAUGAGAGAAUUCAAGGGUCACAUUGAGCGUUGGGUGCGUCACAUUGGUGGAUUGGGUGUGGAAGAACUUGCACUCAGGUUGUGUUGUCAAGAGGGUACAGAACAUAUCACAUUUCCGCUUCAGAAGCUUUUAUGCGAAGCAGCAGCAGCACCGAUGCUCAAAUCUCUGCAUUUGGUCGCAUGCACCCUGGAACCCUUCAAUCCCCAAUGGCCUUUCAAAUCUCUAACAUCUCUAAGGUUGGGUUAUAUCAAAUCAGUUGAUGUGCAGGGCAUAUUGUCCUCAUGUCCGGAACUUGAAUCUCUAACAUUGGAGUACUGCUGUCUUCCUCAUAAGGUGUUCAUUGGCGGAGGGAAACAACUGAAGUUGAAAUCAUUAACCAUUUAUGGGUGUUAUGGGGGGGUCGAGGAUAUAUCCUUGUAUGCUGAAAACCUUGUAAUCUUGGAAGUUGAGUUGCAUAUAGAUUCAGCAACGAAGUUUUCUCACCCUACCAAUGCCCCCAAGCUCCAGCAUGUCAGCAUCACGGUAAUGCGCUUCAAUGAUAUGCAUGACAUCAUUAUCUGGGUAGGAAAGGAUUGUCCUCAGGUUGAAUCUCUUUAUCUUGAUUUGUGGUUGGGAAACCGCACUUGGUCAUAUACUUUGCCACACGAGGUGCCCACAUUUGAACGUAUGAGGCAGCUUUACAUACAAAUGGAGUUCAAUGAGUUGUUUGAUGUGUCCCAAGUUGCUGCUUUAAUCACUGGCUGUCCACUGCUUCACAGAUUGCAUUUAGUGGGAAGGGGGAGAAAAGGAGACUAUUUUUUUAUUGGAGAUGGAGUUCCUCUCAGAAAUCAUCAUCUUCAUCUUCAUCUUAAAGAAGUAGAAUUUGGUGGGUUCCUUGGUUUGGAGAAUGAAGUUGAUUUGGUAUCAUAUAUCCUGAAAAGUGCUUUGGCUCUUGAGAGGAUGGUGUUAAGCAGGGAUUAUAGGUGGUAUACUGGUGCUAGUGGAGGAGGAAGGUGGGAGGAGAGAAAAGAUUACAGAGGGCCUACUUGGUCGGAAAAUCCACCAUAUACUGUAACAUUUGAUCACAGCAAAUUAGAAACAAUCCAUCAGCAAUUGAGGGGGAAGGCUGUAUCUCCAACAGCACAAGUGAUUGUCAUUUAGGAUGUGUUCCUUUGUGCUCCAUCCAUUUUUCCCUUCUAAGUUGUUCAGUUUUAGUUUUAGAUUUUUAAUUGUUUGAUUUGUCUACUACUACUAUUUUUAUUACUUCUUGUACUAUUAUUAUUAUUAUUAUUAUUAUUAUUAUUAUUAUUUAAUGAAGUGAUAGUCAUUCUUUAUUUUAAUUUAUGGUGUAAUACAUAUUAUGGAAUAUUAAUGCGAGUGUAAGACACAUUUUUUAUAAGAACAUAGAAAUACUUGUCCUAUACUGUUGUACAUAAUAAAAGCAC